AUGCCUACAGAGAAAACCCACAGUACAGAGACAGCACUAAUUCAGUUAACAGACGACUGUCCAAGAAACAUGGAAAACAGACUGCUUACCGGUGUAGCAUUGUUAGACUUUAGUGCUGCUUUUGAUCUAGUUGAUCAUGAUUUACUAUUGUUGAAACUGAAAGACUAUAAUUUUUCUGAAGGGGCCAUCGACUGGAUCAAGUCAUAUCUCACAGGCAGAAUUUCGAUGGUUAACAUAAACGUUGAAUAUUCUAGUCCAACGAAAAUUGUCUGUGGAGUACUCCAAGGAAGUUGUCUUGGACAUAUGCUGUUUAGUCUAUUCAUUAACGAUUUACCAUCUGUACUGGAUACAGCUAGUAUUACCUUGUAUGCUGAUGACAGCACUCCAUACCAUGUGGCAGAAAAUGUCAAUUUAAUAUCAGAAAAUCUUCACAAUGAUCUACUUAACGUCGAGGAAUGGAUCCGGAAAAAUCGUCUGGUGGUAAAUGUGGAGAAAACAAAGAGUAUCCUAAUUGGAGGUCGCCAAAGGAUUAAAGUAGCACAGCCACUGAACCUAAGUAUGAAGAACAAAAGCAUUACUCAGUAUUUUAGAUGGAUGAGGCAUUAA